ACUUUAAUUAUGUGUAAAAAUACAACAAUCAAUCAGACCUGAAGAGACAGACGUUGUUUGGAUAGUUGAAGUAGACAAAGGUUGUGCUGUUGGCCCAAAGCUGAAACCCGUAGAAGUGACGGGCUUCGGCGUCAGAGAACCGAAGGCGAGCGAUCCCAUGGGGCUGAAUGAAAAGCCGGACGUGGUGGCAGGAGUGGCGGUAGUUGCUCCGAACGCAAAGGUUCCAGCUGUGGGUUUGCCAAAAAGCGAGCCGCUUGCCGAAGUAGCGGCAGUACUCGACGCCGGGCUACCAAAGGAACCAGCGGCAGCUGGUUGA